AUGGCGCCUGUCAACCAUUCAAAGACCUACGAAGACUCUCCCGAUCGAUGGAUGCCCCUCUACGCCUUUGCGGCCUUGUCCUUUGGAUGCCUCAGCUUCAUCUUCACCCCUAUUCUGCACCAAGAGCACCUUUUUCACCUGCCGACUCGACGUCAGUUUCUGGCCUCUGAAUUUAGACCAUCAACCCAACGCGAAACUCUCGGCUCCUGUCCAAUCUGCAGAGAUCGCCUUUUCGAAGCUGUCCGUCUUCCCUGCAGCCACGUCUACUGUGACGACUGCAUCAGAGCGGCUUUGAAUGCCGAGCAAGGACGUUGUCCAUAUUGCCAGCAGGUCCUCUUCUGCGAAUCGAUACCAUGGGACGAUAUUGCGGAUCGAGCCAAAUUUACGUUCUGGUGCAUCGCGCUCAUCGGCUUCCUGACGCUGAAUCUCUGGGCUUCUGCCAGGUACCUGGGUUGGAGAUCUGAGAUGAUGUGGAGGUAUGAUUACUUUCUGGACGUUGAAUUGGCUGUGCAACUUGUCUUUGUGGCUUUGAUGAGUUGGACCUUUCCCGUACCUGCUGUGUCGGAGCCCGAGGACGUGGAUUGA